AUGGAAAAGGAAGAGCCUGUUCUAAAUGAGAAUACGCUUCAAUUGUAUCAAGACUAUGUUGGAAUCAAGGAUCCCCAAGAAUUACGACUUCAUUUAAAGCACAUUCAAGACAGACUUGCCAAAGAAGGAAAAAUCUUUUAUCGAUGUAUUCAACGCUAUGAAUUUGCAUUUUCCAGAAUAUAUCAUCGAUUCUUUUACCAACGUAUCCUUGAUUUGGGACACACGAUAAAAGAACCUUAUUUUCUAGAUAUUGGAUGUUGCACAGGCACAGAUCUGAGAAAAUUACUGUUGGACGGAUAUCCGGCAAAUUUUCUUGUGGGUUUAGAUAUUGAACCCACCUACAUUGACUGUGGUUAUGCUCUCUUUCGUGACAAGGAUCAUUGUCCUAUUCAAUUCAUUGUAGGUGAUGUCUCGCUACUCACCACUCAAAUGAGCGUGAUCCAUGCAGGCAGUGUAUUUCACUUAUUUUCAGAUAUUCACAUGGUACGUGACUUUUUAAGGAAACUCACGCGCGUUUUAAAACCAGGUGGGAUUAUGGCUGGUUGUCAUGUCUGUGCUGAAUCCUCCACUCAAUACUUUCGUGCCUCUAGUCAAAGUAUGAAGUUUUACAUUGGCAUCCAUGAUUUUCAGGAUUUACUCGUCUCCCAGGGUUUCACCGCCAUCGAAUUGGAAACACGGCCUCGCAUUAGUCAGGAUAAGGAAACUUUUACAGCUUUUUGGGUUUCUUUUUACGCUGUAUACCAACCUGCAUAA